AUGGCACCCAAGCACCUCGGCUACGGCACCGACGACGAGGCCGACGACCGCGACCACGAGCACCGCUCGGAAACGCCCUACGACGAGGACUACAACGCUCCCGGCAGCGCACAGCAGCGCAAGCGCGAUGUCCUGCACGCUCCCAUCUCGUCCGUGUGCGCCGCUCUCGGCGGUUACGAGGAGUUCCUCGACGAGAACGGCAAGGUCUACACGGCCUACUCGCUCGGUGACCAGGUCGUCGGCUGCCUCAAAGACCUCAAGCGCUUCUGGCGCAUGGACGAGAAGGACGAUGAUCGCACCGUCGCCAGGAUCUUCCACGAGGUCGGCGUCCUCAAGAAGGACCUGAUCCCGAUCCUCAAGAUGACGCUCGGCACCGGCAACAAGGGCGACCGCAUCGCUCUCGCCUGUGUCGAGCUCAUCGGCGCCAUGACGUGGCCCAUCAACGUCGCCGAGGAGCUGCGCGACGCCCAACUGCUCGGCGAGCUCAAGCAGUCGAUGGACUACACGACCCUCAUCCAGGCGCAGCGCUCGUACAAAGCGGCCAUCCUCAAGGACAACGUCCUCAAGCACAUGAUGAUCAUCCUCGCCAACAGCCUGUCCAAGAGCCGCAGGGAGCGCACGCCAAAGGACGAGAACGUCAUCUCGCUCGUCCUCCACGUCUUCCGCAACCUCGCCUACCUCGUCGACCGCCACUCGACGUCGACCUCGGCCGCCGCCGUCGAGGACUCGUCGCUCCAGUCCGACAUGGUCAUCGCCUUCCAGCGCGAGGGCGUCCUCGACCUCCUCCUCGCCAUGUCGUCCCAGGCCGACUCGAAUGACUACGCGCCCUGGAACAUGGUCGUCCUCGACAUCCUCCACCUCGUUUACCGCGGCGUGCGGCCCGACGAGCUCAUGGUGCCCGAGGGCAAGGUCGAGCAGAACCGCCUCCGACAGAUGCUCGACCUCGAGGCGCGCCAGUCGGAGAACGCGUUCGGCCUCAAGGGCUCGAGGCACUCGCGCUUCGGCACCACGAUCGCCGUCCAGUCGAACGGCAAGAAGUACAUCCUCCACAAGCAGUCGACGCUCGCCGAGGGCCCGGAGAAGACGCUCGACAAGAUCAAGAAGACCAAGGUCAAGAAGCUGCGCCAGGAGGACGACCUCGCUCCACCGUCGCAGUUGCGGUCCGAGGCGAUCGGCGUCCUCGCGCAGACGAGCAGGCGCUUCGUCGAGUCGGCGUUCAACCCGUUCUUCUCGUCCGUCCUGCGCGACAUCCGCAUGGAGCGCAUCAAGGUCCGCGAGUCGGACACGGUCCGCUUCCUGUACCUGUCGGCCUUCUUCCUCGAGUUCUUCCUCCUCGUGUACCGCGACGACGAGAAGCGCGGCAUCUCGCACCUCGACGAGGAGCACGGCCACGACUUUGGCAUGGUCGCCGAGAUGACCGAGCCGCACGCCAUCGGGUUCGUCACGAUGAGGAUGAAGAACGCCCUCGAGGAGAAGCCGCCGUUGUGGACCGACCUGCACGCCGGCGUCGAGUGCUUCACCCAGAUUCUGCUCGUCAUCGAGGCGCUCCAGGCAACGGGCAAUCAGGACCACAUCGACGUCGCCGAGAUCCUCCAGAACAAGCUCUAUUACGAGGCCGACACGCUCGACAUGGUCGUGUCGCUCGUCACGCGCUACAACGGCCAGUCGUACAAGUACCUCGAUGCCGUCCUCAACCUCGCCUACACGCUCCUCCGCAUGCUCGAGAAGUACUCGAAGAGCAAGUCGUACAUGUACGUGCGAAAGAAGAAGGCCAAGAAAUCGGCGGCCAAGAAGAAGAAGCCCGACGGCGCCGACGAGAACGAGGGAGACGGGCUCGGCAUGGCCGGCGGCGAGGACGAGGAGGAGCUUGAGGUCGAGAGCGGGACCGUGUCGUUCGGCGAGCACGCGUUCCAGUUCGAGAAGUUUGAGCAGCGCUUCGCCGACGAGUCGGUCCUCGCGACGUGCAUGGUCCACCUCGAGUCGUACAAGACGUACCGCUCGCCCGAGCAGAUGAAGCGCAUCGUCGCCCUCAUGCAUCGCCAGGCCGUCAAGGCCAAGUCCGAGGGCCUCUUCUACAAGCCGACCGUUCUCGAGCUCUUCCGCCGCAUUAUGGAGGACCGCGACAUUGCCGACGCGCGCGAGGGCCCCAAGCUCGACCUGCGCAAGCUCAUCGAGUACAUCCUGCGCAAAUUCUUCAACGCCGUGCAGGACCACCCUUUCCUCCUCCUCGAGUGCUUCUACCCCAAGACCAAGACGCAGCUCGGCAAGAUGCGCCUCGGCGAGGCCGACCCGUACGGCGACAGCGACGACGACACGCUCAUCUACAAGGCCAAGAAGAUCGGCGAGGUCGAGGUCGCGCCCGGGUUCUCGCACACGCAGCAAAUCGGCAUCGCCAUCGCGUGCUUGGUCGAGGCCGGCGACGACAAGCUCAUCGACCUCAUCAAGAGUCAACUCGUCCUCGCCUCGGCCGCCCGCACCGAGAUCGUCCUCACGGUCGACGGCUUGCCCGACACGAGCUCGCUCGCCGACCUCGAGACGGACGAGGCCAUGCGCGAGAAGGCGGCGCAGCUCAAGGGCCCGUCGCCCGAGGCGGUCGCCCUCUUCGUCCCGCACACGGUCGACCUCGGCGAUGACGAGAGCGUCAAGGAGGCGGCCACGGUCAACGCGCACUUCAAGCUCCUCAUGCGCCUCUUGAGCUGGGAGAGCAGCGAUGCACCCGAGUCGGGCCAGCUCGUGUGGCAGAUCCCUGCAUCGCUCGUGCCCUCUAAGCUCGAUGGCGACCUCAAGAUCGUCGACGACUUCCUCCUCGACCCGGUCGACCCGCAGAACGGCAAGUCGGCGGCCGAGCUCCUGCGCAAGCAGCGCAAGAAGCCCGUGCGCCGCAAGCGCAAGAUCGCGAGCGAGGACGAGAUGGAGAUCGGCGAGGACGGCGAGGUCGUCGUCAAGGCCAAGGAGAAGAAGAAGCGGCAGGCCAAGCGCAAGGAGGAGGAGCAAGCGUACAAGUCGGCCCAGUUUAUCACCGACACGGACGACGAGGGAGACGAGGACGGCGAUGCCGCCUUCUUUGCGCGCGAGGCGGCCUUACGCGAGAAGCUCAACGCCGGCCAGAUCUCGACCGCCCUCGACGCCGGGUCCAAGAAGAAGAAGGUCAAGAAGGACGCCUCCUCGACCAAGCGCGCCACCUCGCCGACCGACUCGCUCGACUCGUCGCCGCCGCCGACAGCCAAGAAGAGCACGGGCCGGCGCGGCAAGGGCAAGGGCAAGGCGCGCAAGGUCACCAACUUCAACCCGGCGGCCGUCAGCGACGUCGAGGACGACGACGACCUCGUUCGCGAUCUGCGCAAGGAGGCCGACAAGAAGAAGGCGGCGGGCUCUGCGGUCGACGGCGACGAGUACGACGGCAUAGUCGACGAGCACGAGUCGCCGACAGCGCCGUCGUCGUCCGGCUCACGCGCGUCGGGAAGGAAGCGCGCAGCUUCGGCGUCCUCGACUACUUCGGCGCCCCCUGCGCGAGCCGGCGACGCCAUGAGCGACGACGAUGAGCCUGUCGGCGCGGUCUCGCAGGCCGCCAAGAAGCGGCGGGUCAUUCUCGACUCGGACGAGGAGUGAAGAGCCAUACUUCCUGCUUUCCUCCCUCCCC